AGCAAACUGUCUGAAUGCGCUUACAGGUUCGGUUUAAACGCAAAGGAACGAUGCAUAUUAGGCUUGUAAAAUAUUGCGAAUAUUGUGGUGAAUAUUGUAAGCAGUAAUUUGGUCUUAAAAUUGUGUUUUCUCAUGGAUAUAAAGUUACAUCAAAGACGUUUAUUUCGAGGGGAUAUACUGAAAUUGGUAUUAUUUGUGUAGGAUUGAAGUUUCAAAAUAAAUAUUGGUUUGGACAGCACCGCUAUAUAAGAUUUAAUGGCUAUUAAUAAAAUUGGGUUUAUUUUCGUAUAUUAGCUUUAGUUCAUUUGUGAAAUGGAAUAAUGAAAAAAGAGGCCAAUGAAUUCUACAAAUCGUCUCAGAAUAUUUGAUUAACUGUCUUUUGUGAUUGAAAGAUAGACAUCUUCGUGGAUUAAGAGAACUUGCGGAGGUUAUUUUGUGUUUGAACUUUCUCGGAGUUAAAUAUACACUAUAAUAUAGAUAUAUAACCAGGCAACAUGAAGCUCCCCUUCCUCGUGUCGACAUUUGUUUACCUGUCAUCCUUGUAUCCGAUAAGUUCUCAACAAAAGCUUUGUCAGACAGACCAGGGAUCUACAGAAGUGUUCAUAUCAGACGUCAUGGAAAACACGGAACCAGGUGAAGUAAUCGGUUACGUUAAUAUCACGGGAACCGAGUCUGAAAUCAACCUGGUAACCCACCCUGACUUCAACAGUUCUUUCUUUAUAUUCGACCCUGCCUCCCGUAACGUUACAUUGGUGGGAGAACUUGACACGGACGAAGGAAAGGACUACUUACUGAGACUCGUUCUGAAGUGUACUAUCUUGGCCGUUCCAUCAGACUCGUUCCAGAUCAACGUGCGUGUGUUGGUGACAGACUACAACGACCGUGCACCGGAAUUCUCAAGGCCACAAUACCAAGUCUCCGUCCCAGAGGACUCGCUCGUGAACACGAUCAUCUAUUCGGAAACGGUCGCCACCGACAAGGACCGGCAAUAUGACGGAAACAGCCGAGUGUCUUACCGGAUAGCCAACACAACGAAAUAUUCGAACUACUUCAAGAUGGACGUUCCCACGAAGCCGGACAUCAGACUGGCAAGAGAGCUGGACUUUGAGACCGUACAGACCAUGGAAGUACACAUUGUUGCCAUGGACAACCCUAGCCCUGGUCGCGGGCCGGUGCUGACGUCAACGGCGACGUUAACGGUGCACGUCACCGAUACGGACGACCAAAAUCCCGUAUUCACGCGUACCGCCUACAAGGGUGUUAUUAAGGAGGAUGCAGCGAAGGACACGGUCGUGACGGUGACGCCCAAGAUACAAGCCUAUGAUCCAGACACCAUGAACGCCACAAUUGUAUACAGGAUUCUAGAUCCGUACGAGUUAUUCGAGAUAAAUGAGAUAACGGCAGAAGUACGUAACGUCAAAACGCUAUAUGUUGACGUGCCCACACUCACCGUUGUUGUGCUGGCCAUACAAGCCGACAACCUCGAGCGUCAGUGGUUUUCGAUGCUUACCAUCAGCAUCACCGAGGCAAACAUCAACGCCCCACGCUUCAGCUCUGACGUCUACAACGUCACGAAGACGGAGCUUGAGCCCGUGGGUAACGCGUUGGUUGCAACUACCGCCACCGAUAUAGACUUUGGGACAGUUAUACAGUACGCCAUAGUGAACCAGACACCCAGUUUCUCUAUUAACGACAAGGGAGUGAUAUUUCUGAACCAGUCGCUGGACUUCGAGCGUGAACAGCGUAUUUCCUUCAACGUUACGGCAUCCGACGGAAGUCACACGGCAACCGCCACGGUCAUUAUCAACGUUAAUGACGUAAACGACAACAACCCUCUCAUUUACGUCGAUGAUACGUUCUUUAAUGCGGAACGUCAGCAAAAUUACGUCAUUACGUCGAUCAGCGGUUCGGAUAGGGACGUCAACAACAUACUGACCUUCCAGUUGCGCUCAUACACAGGGUUGUUCGCGCUUCGACCAGUAAGCGUUCCGGCAAAUUCUCUCCUUACCUCGGCGGAGCUCUAUGUAACAGGCUCCCCGGAGGAUCUGCGCGAGGACCGCUAUCCGCUUCUGAUCGCCGUCACCGAUGACGGAACACCGCCACGGGAGUCAACUGUCUUCUUAGAGGUUGCUUUCCCACCGCUCAACCCCGGAACUCCAACGACUACCCCUAGUGGGCCUAAUAAAGCCACUCUUGCGGUCGCUAGUCUGACGGCACCGGAAGACAAUAUGCUCGUUAUAAUCCUCGGAGCAGUCGCCGGACUUUUGCUCGUUGUCAUUGUUAUUCUUCUUGUGUACAUCUGUUGGAGACACCGACGCACAAAAGAAGAGCUGGAUCGAGCGAAAGUGCCAAGAAUGCACUCCGCUAAAGGACUGACAUACAGACAGGCGGAGGUUCCCGAUGAUCUUCCGAAGAUGGACCUCGGUUAUACGGAAGAGGUCGACCCCAUCUCUGAAUAUGAAGGCGCUACAACAGUUCAACAGAAUCCGCUCAGUGAUUCAGGAGUAAAUCAGGGUUAUUUACAAAGUAGUGGCUCUCAAAUGGACCGAGAUGUCAGUGAGAUUGAAAUAGAGACGGCAGUCGUGCCGUAUGAUGACGAACGGUACGGGUUUCCCCAAGAUGACAAUGAAUUUCACGGGGAUUUCAGGACGUUCCACGGAGACGAUACCACAAGUAACGAGUCCAGUCAUAGUGACAGCACGGGUGGCAGUCAACACGUUCUGGUGAAAGCGAAGAAAGCGGAGGGAGCCAAACUAACUAGCUGGGACAGUGAUGAUAAACUUCAUCCCCAGGGCUCACAGAAGCUGUUGGAUGCAAUGGGAAACACGGGGAACCGGAAAAAGGAACGACCGGAAAUAACGGUCUACUUCUAAUGGAACACUGCUGACUGCCCGCGCCUUCAGGAUUAAAUUCAUGUUUAAAAUACAUGUCGCUCAAAUAGCUGGACACUAGUGUUUUUUCUGGGAACAUGCGUCAGACUUGAGUGUAUUCUGUACACGAAAUAAGUUCAUACAUUGGGUUGUCGUUUGUGUACAUAACGUAUUUAUGUUUCCGACCUGCCGAGUGUAUACUGUCUAUGCAAUAAGGGGUUAUAGUGUUUCUGCUUACAGAUUUGAAUACAGUUCAUCAAAAAGGUAGAUACUAUUGUUUGCAUCUGUUUAUAUUCAAGGUGAAUUCACCAGAAUUGUUUACUCAAUAUACGAUUCGUGACAGUACGGGAGAUUUUGGCGUUGUAAUUGUAUAUAAUUAUGCGGUUGUAACAUUAUAUUAACGGCAUUACCGUUAAACUCGAAUGGAAAAUUGAUACGAAACAAAGGUUUCUACAAAAACGCUCAUAUCACACUAAAUGCAAGCAAUAUAUAGACUUGUUUUCUUUUACAAAACAUGGAUAUUAUUUGUUGAAUUUAUAUCCGUAGAUGUAUUCAUCCGAUCGAAAUAUUGGACGUUUAAAACAAAAGCAAAAAUAUUUCCUAUAAGUUUUAAUAAUUUUCAAAGCAACAACGCAUAUUGGCCGAAAUAACAUUUCAAUUAAUGGCCUUUUGCAUGUCAACUUUUAAGGAGGAACACCAAUUCAUAAUUAUUUAGUGUCAAAAUACACAUACGCGAUCAUUAUUAACCAAUUAUAUAUUAAACAGAUUUAUGGUAUUUGUGAAUGCAUUCCAUGUUAUAUGUGGUUGUGAUGGGUGAGGUAUGUCUGAGGUCUUACUUGAACCAUUUUUAAAGUACAAUGUAGAUUAUACGUAAUUUUUAAGUGAACAUAUUUUCUUUGAAGGGCUGUCAAUGAAUGUAAGAGCAUAACAUUGCUGUUGGAAGGUUUAAUUUGGCCCGUCAAACUUGAGUAAAGAAGGAAUAACAUUUUGUAAUACAGGCAAGAAGUACCCUGAGGUCUUACUCCAGUCGGACGAACUGCAAUUUCCACACAGCGAUGACUUUCCUUUGCAAAUCAGUAAUAUUUGCCGUCUAGCAAAGCAUGUUUUGAAUAUAAACAUCACUUGAACCUCAUUGAAAAUAAAUUUGAUUCGGAAGAAAACUUUAUUCAAAUGUUGCUUUAACGCGUGUUAAAGAUUAUUUAAAAGUUAAUGUGGCUGAACUUCCUGUAUGGCAUCAUCAAGUGAGAUGAUUGCUGUUGGUUUCAGACAAAAUAUAUUUUUCUGUUAAACGAAAACUAUUGUUAGGUCGACAAUAAACAUGCAUUUGCUCGAGUAUAUAUUUUUCCACAGACAGUGUGAACAUGGAUAGAAACAGAAAGGUCUAAAAUAGUUACCGACAAUUAUUGAUUAUAUAUACUGAUUAAACUUUAAACUUAGGUUGAUUCAAGAUAUUUGUAAUAAAAAUGCUCAAAUAUUUCAACUUGCACCGAAUCAGAACGGAAUUGCUGCGGGGUGCCAGCAAUUAAAAUCAUCAGUGAUCUCCAAUAGAACAAAUUUAAAUUUUGUAAGUUUGAAAAAGUAGUACAUAUUAUUGUUUAGCAGGUGUUCUAGCAUUAUAUAAACUCGGAAACAUGAGCCUAUUCUUGCCAAACGGAUUAUGUUUUAUUCACAUUUUGUGUCAUAAAAUAGCUUGCUUUUUAAUUUAAAGAUACAAUAAGUUAGAGAUUAAACAUAUAGACUUAUUGAAAACAUUUGAUGAAAACAUAAUCAUGUCAUAUACUACAUCCGGUACAGAUUGAAUUGAAUGUUAUUGAUGUAUGCUUUUAUGUGAUUGUUUAUUUAUUUUUGUUGUGGAAAUACAAGCUAUAUUAUCAAUAAAUGAUUAAAUGUU